UGCCGGUCAAGAUAUCCAGGGAACAAGUGUGAUUGCAAAUCUUCCAGUUUUGAUGCGACAGAAUCCUACUGAGACACUUCGGAGAGUCUUGCCCAAAGUCAGAGUCCAUGAGGAUGCACACUUAUUUAUCCAGAGAGUAUGGAUCUCACAUAUGUUUGUCCAGAGGGUGUGACUCUGUGGAGGAGAGCACUUAUUGUGGACAGUUCCAGAUGUUGAAGUCAGCACAACAAGAGAAAAACCCAAAUCCUGAUAAGACUUGAGGAUUUUUCGAAAAUUAAAUGCAAAAUAGUUGGGGCAAAUGUUGCUGCGGGAGUCAAGACUAAGUCAUACAGUAAGAAGAAUGAAGCCGGAGAGCUCUUCAUGUUCUUUGCAUACAGUUGGCAUAUGUGCAAGCCCAGGACUUAAUGACAUAGGGGGCAGAACACAGCUCUUGGAACUUAAAACAGCAGGUUCAUGUGAACUGGAAUGAAGCCCUGCUUGUUGCAAGUGUGGAAAUGCAGUUAACAGCUGCGGUGUCAUUUCUGACCAUUCUGCAGGAAGAAUCAGUGUCAGUCCACUCUUAUGCUCACUCCUUCCUGCAAGUCAUUCUGCUGCACCUGGAGCACAGGGAUGCAGGUGUCAGCAACGCAUGGCUGGAAACCCUUCUGUCUGUGAUAGAAGUGUUGCCAAAAGAAACCCUGAGACAUGAGAUUUUGAAUCCGCUUGUUUCCAGGGCACAGCUUUCCCAAACUGUCCAGUCUCGUUUAGUUAGUUGUAAAAUUUUAGGAAAACUGACCAACAAAUUUGAUGUCCAUACCAUUAAAAGAGAAAUACUUCCCCUGGUAAAAUCACUCUGUCAAGAUGUAGAAUAUGAGGUUCGAUCUUGUAUGUGUCGGCAGUUAGAAAAUAUAGCUCAGGGCAUUGGGACAGAACUUACAAAAAGUGUGGUGCUCCCUGAAUUAAUAGAACUCUCUAGGGAUGAAGGCAGCAGUGUACGACUUGCAGCUUUUGAAACUUUGGUUAACCUGCUUGACCUAUUUGAUACAGAUGACCGAAGUCAAACAAUACUUCCCUUAGUAAAAUCAUUUUGUGAAAAGUCUUUCAAAGCAGAUGAAUCAAUUCUUAUUUCUUUAUCUUUCCAUUUAGGAAAGCUAUGCCAUGGACUAUAUGGAACUUUUACUCCAGAUCAACAUUUGAGGUUUUUGGAGUUUUAUAAGAAACUUUGUACAUUGGGUUUGCAACAGGAAAAUGGACACAUUGAAAACCAGAUUCCACCCCAAAUCCUUGAACAGGAGAAGAAAUAUACUUCAGUACGGAAGAACUGUGCCUAUAACUUUCCGGCCAUGAUUGUUUUUGUUGAUCCUAAAAACUUCCACAUGGAACUCUAUUCUACAUUCUUCUGCCUGUGUCAUGACCCGGAAGCACCAGUCAGAUACACUAUUGCUAUUUGCUUUUAUGAAGUGUCUAAACUUUUGAAUUCCGGAGUAUAUUUAAUACACAAAGAACUGCUAGCAUUAUUACAAGAUGAGUCACUGGAGGUACUAGAUGCUCUUAUAGAUCAUCUUCCAGAAAUCUUGGAACUUAUGUCCACUGGUGGAGAAAGCAGUGUUCAAGAAAAUAAGUUGUCUUCUCUGCCUGACUUAAUUCCAGCACUCACGGCCGCUGAGCAGCGAGCUGCAGCGUCUCUGAAGUGGAGGACCCACGAGAAGCUGCUGCAGAAGUAUGCCUGUCUGCCACACGUCAUAUCAAGCGACCAAAUCUAUUUCCGUUUCCUACAAAGAAUGUUCUCCAUCAUGUUGACAAAUAACGUCUUACCUGUUCAAAAAGCAGCUUCACGGACUCUAUGCAUUUUUCUGAGAUAUAAUCGGAAACAAGAACAGAGACAUGAAGUCAUUCAAAAAUUAAUUGAACAGCUGGGUCAAGGAAAAAGUUAUUGGAAUAGACUUCGAUUUUUGGAUACUUGUGAAUUUAUCAUAGAGAUCUUUUCCAAGUCAUUUUUCUGCAGAUAUUUCUUUCUACCUGCUAUUGAACUGACACAUGAUCCAGUAGCAAAUGUGAGGAUGAAACUUUGCUACCUGUUGCCCAAAGUAAAAUCAACUCUGAAGAUUCCUGCAGACAAACAUCUCCUUCAGCAGUUAGAAAUGUGUGUGAGAAAACUCCUCUGUCAAGAAAAAGAUAAAGAUGUUCUGGCUAUUGUAAAAAAAACUGUUUUAGAGUUGGACAGAAUGGAAAUGUCUUUGGAUGCGUUUCAGAAAAAGUUUUAUGAAAAAGAUUUGUUGGAUCAAGAGAAAGAAAGAGAAGAGAUACUUCUUUUUGAAAUGGAGCAGCUAGAGAAGGAGAAGCAGCAGAAUGACGGGAGGCCCCCGAGUGAUAAAAUCUUUGAGAAAAAACGCAGAGACACUAAGACACCAACGCAAAACCUGCCCAAGAGCAUCCCUGUGUCUGUUCCUGGACCCUCUUCUAGCAUCCCAUCAGCAAGUAAAGAAAUCAAGAAAUCUAAAUUGAUUCGCAGCCAAUCUUUUAAUAAUCAAGCUUUUCAUGCAAAAUACGGCAACUUAGAGAAGUGUGCUAGUAAAAGCUCUACGGUAGCAUAUACGUCUUCUGUCUCAGGGUUGGCGAAGACUUCUGUGCUUUCACUAACUGACGACUCAUUCCGGACUCGCAGUGCCAGUAGUGUUCCGACUUCCUUUUCUCCUACUCCUUUACCAAGUACCUCCCGUGGGACAGCCAACACAACUGAUGCAAAGAGCGUUGGAAGCAAAGAUCCACAACCCCGGAAGGCCACCUUAAAAUCCAGAAAAUCCAACCCUUAAGUCAACCUCUUGAUGAAGGAGGCAAAACAAGGACAACUGAAGAUAGUGUGAUCGAUGGACAAAGGCUAAAGCAAUGGCUGGGCUUUUUUUGUUUUUUUUAGGCUUUUUUUUUUUUUUUAUGAAUGGGAAAAGAGACAUAAUGGCAACUGACACUAAACUUACCAUAUUUGGAAUUAGAUUCCUUAGCAGGUAUGAUAUGAUAUAUGUUUCUUAAACAAUAAUGUGGUUACAGAAUUCCAGUGUUACAGUGCAGUGUAAAGAAAAACAACUUUAGGUGUGUGCUAUAACCAUUGCUGCAAAAUAGGCAAGGCUGCCUUUGUACAGGAGACCAGCUGUCUCAUUCUAGAGUGUAGCAUUUAGAAAUUGUAUAACAGUCCAAAUGAGCUGAAAUUGCCCUCAGCAGGCAAUUCCUGGACAGAGCCUCAGGAGAGAAGGGAGAUACUGUGUGUUCUCAUGGCUCUAGAAGCCCAGCUGAAAAGGCAAACUGAACAACUGUGUGCAGUUUUGUCAGUUUUAGGAUUGUGGUGACAAUAUGUGGUACCUGGAUGUCCCCAAAUUUAGAUUUGCAUUGAAAAUCCUGCAAAAAUUUCUGAUAGCUUUGAGCUACAAACACCUUAAAAAUAAUAGAUUGAUGAUUUCCUUUAUUUCUUAGAAAAAUUUCUUUCAUAAAUACUUUGUUUACAUUUUAGACUGUAUUUAUCCUUACUUGAUUUAAAAUGAUGAAUCUAGUUUGAAUCAGCUGUUAUUCUGAGCUAUCAUGCUUAAGCUAUGUCAACAGCAUUUAUUUGUACCGAUGCUAAUAUUUCCAUCAAAAUCUGCCUGUGGAAUAUAUACAGUUAAUUUUAAAAUGUCAGUUCUUGAGAUAUACUGUUUGAAGCUAUUGUCAGCUUCUCUAAUUUCAAAAUGCAAUCGGCAUAUAACUAUAUUGAUAUUAUAAAAUAUUUGUUUUUUUAAGAAAUAUAUUGAUGUAUGAUAAAGAUUAUCUAAGUUGUGAAUGCAUAUGCGUGUGUGGUUACUUUUUAUAAUGUGAAAUGGAUAAUGGAUUUACUCAAAAUAAAACAUAGGUCAAUGAGAU